AACCCAAACCCAACAGACCAAAACCCCAGUUCGGAUUUUCUUAUGGGGUUUUAGGGUCACUACUAAUGUCCAUACUGGAAUUCUUUUGCUUCAACCUUCGUUGCCUUCAAAUUUUCCCUGCAUUUUCAUCCACCUUUUAUCCUAUAUGUGCGUUUAGUACCUCAAUCUAGUGGUAAAAUCCAAUUUCCAAGAUGCAGCAUGUAAGGAGAAGUGGGUUUUCAUUGAAGACUAGGUUGUUGUCCAAUGUUGUAAAAUCAUCAUGCAACAAGUUUGAUUCUUUCUUGGAAUAUAUGCCUUCAAGAACCAUAUCUGAUGUGGGUAUUAGUCGUUUCUCGUCUAUGGCUGCUGAAACUGCUGCUUUCAACCUUUCUGCCAAAAGGGAACUGGUAACAUCAGGUUGUGCAAGGAGAUCGGUAGCUGCUACUUAUCCAGCCACGAACGUUAUCGAUGAAGCUGCUGGAAUUCCUGUUCUCUACAGAAAUCGAAGGAGUACGCAAUGCUUAAUGACCUUUAGAUCACCGUUUCAGCUUGUCAACACCGUAGGCAUAAAUCCUCAAUCAUCUUGCUUUGCUAGAUCAUUUGCGUCAAAGGCUUCUGGGUCGACACAAAAACAAUCACAGGCUCGAAAGGAUGUAUCUACUGUUGAGGAUCCUUUUGAUGCUCCUACCUACAAUAUCCCAGAGAAGCCUGUGACGUUUACUGAGGGAGCUUCCUAUAGUCUUAUCAUUCUUGCAGGACUUGCAGUUGCUGGUGCUGCUGCAUAUGGAGUUUUUAAGGAACUAAUUUUUCAGCCAAAAGAGUACAAAAUAUUCAACAAAGGCCUCGAGAGGGUUCAAAAUGAUGGUCAAGUUAAGGCAAGAAUUGGAUCCCCUAUAACAGGCUAUGGAUCAGAAAGUAGAAAUCGUGCUGCACGCCAACGCGUCCCCAAUAGGAUAUGGACUGACGAAGACGGAGUUGAGCAUGUUGAGGUCAAUUUUUAUAUUCGCGGUCCACAUGGAGCUGGCAAGGUUUAUACAGAAAUGUUCCACGACAAGGUGGAUAAGCAGUGGAAGUUCACAUAUUUGAUCGUUGAGAUCAAAUCACCUUCCCCAACUCAACUGAUGCUCGAGUCAUAUGUACCUGCCUGAAUAUCCACAUAAAUAAAUUAUCUGUUCUGUUUUGCCAUAAUCGCAUAGAUGCAGUCAAUUGCUCAAAAAAGUUUCAAUUCGCGUGAGAGCUCUCAAGAUGACAGUUCUGACUCAAGUUCUUUGGGUUCAGCCAUGGAAUCUGAUAACAGUUAGAAAGUUCACUUUUUUUGUGUCAUAAAAAAGUUGCAAGAAAAGCUGUUACAUUCUUUCACAUGGAAGACUUUCUUGCAGUUCAAAUUCGUAGAAGUUUUGGAUUGAAGUGAUUCUUUUUGUCAUAUUUACGUCUCCCUUUUAAUAGUCAACUGGAAGUUUCUA